AUGCUCUUCGUCGAAAACCUCCAAGGAGCAGCACUCGAAUGGUUCUCUCACCUGAAGCGAAAUGCCAUCGGAAGCUUUCGCAAACUCGCCUCGGAGUUUCUCAAGCAGUACUCUAUGUUCAUAGACCGAGAAAGCUCUGAUGUCGAUCUCUGGAGCAUGGCCCAGGGAGAGGACGAACCUCUCCGCGACUUCAUAAAACGGUUUAAGAUCGUCAUGGCUAGAAUCAGCGGAAUAAGUGACAAAGUAGCAGUAGACGCGCUCCGUAAGACACUCUGGUACAAGUUAAAGAUCAGGAAGUGGAUAACCUUGGAUAAGCCGCGUACGAUUAAGGACGCGCUCCGUAAAGCCACGGACUACAUAAUCAUCAAAAAAGAGACGAAAGUCUUGUCGCAAAAACAAAGGCUCACAAAGACAUCGUCGAAGGAUCCCGGGUCGGAUCAGAAACCUAAAAGGAGAAACCCUCUAACGACAAAAACGUCCACCACGGGGAAGACGAGACCCAGGGAGCGCAUAACUACGCCAUCAACUCCGGACCGGAGCAAAGCUGGACGACAGGCCCGCGGCCACUCGACCGUAAACUUCAAGGUUCUCGGUGCCAGGUUGGCCGCAAAGCUGCUCGCGGGAGAACUCACCGAAGUAUCAAGCUUAAAAGAUCUCGUCCGCGAUUCAGACCGCCCUCCGAGAAAUGAUAAGGCCCCUCAAACGGAGAACUCUUUCCAAGGAAACAAUUAA